AUGCGUACCGACUAUGGUGUAGAUGUGCCGUCGCCACUUCCAACGACGGCGACGACAGCCGCCACGGCCACGGCCACAGCCAUGCCCGUGGCGGCAGCGACGUCGCCGUCAUCCGCGGUCGCUGAUGCAUCCGCUGGCACAGCUCCCAUGAAUGCGGGUCUGCCGACAGUCGCCGGCAGUGGUGGCAGUAGUAGUAGUGCGAACGGAGCGGGUAAGGGAUCUGGCAGUGGCGCCGACGAGGAGUCGGCUGCGGACGCUGCUCCGUCGUCGGCGCCCAGUGGCAUGGCGUCUCGACGUGGUGUGCGCGCGAACAUCCACGUUAUCCACGGCGCUGCAGGGCGCAUUGCCUGUGUGUCUGACAUCCGUGGCAAUAUGAAGCAAUUGAAUGAGAUUGCCAACGCGACACGAGCAGCAGCAAUCGUGCAUACGGGCGACUUUGGCUUCUUCAUGCCGGACACGAUCGGGCGCAUGGGCGACCGUACGCUGCGUCAUGCUGUACAGUAUUCGCCGUUGAUGUCGAACAAGCUGCGCUCUGUCCUCCUCGACAGCCGCGACUCGCGCGAGACACACCCGCCGCUGACGAAUGGGCCUGUGCCUACGACGCUGCGGCAGAUGCUCGCUGACCACCAGCGGGAGGCAGUGCUCUCAGAGUUCCCGCAGCUGCUCUCAGGCCAACUCUCGCUCCAGGUGCCUGUGUUUACGGUAUAUGGCGCAUGUGAGGACGUGGACGUUGUGGAGCGGGUGCGGUCAGGUGAGUACAAAGUGCCGAAUCUGCACUUGAUCGACGAAGCUACGUCACACGCUAUUGAUGUUGGCGCUUUGCGCGUGCGGCUCUUGGGAUUGGGUGGCGCUGUCGUUCCGCACAAGCUCUUCGACCACGGCGCAGCAACGGGCUCGAUGGCUGGCGGUCAGGGCACGAUGUGGACGACCAUGUUGCAGAUUGGUGAGCUUGUCGAGACAGCGCAGCAUGUGUAUGACCCGGCCGAUGUGCGGAUUCUUGUGUCGUAUGCAAGUCCUGGCCGUGACGUUCUUGUGGACCAGCUUGCACAUGCACUGCAGGCCGACUUCACAAUGAGUGGCGGCCUGCAUUUCCGAUACGGCAUGAGCUAUAAUGACUUUGGGGUGUAUGGGCAACUUGAUACGUAUCGCGCCAAGAUCCUGCGGGCGAAGGAAGAGUUCCAGGACAUGUGGGACGCGGUGAGAAUGCAGGUAGAGUCAGCGAUCGAUCCAUCGCAACGUACGCUCCUGAGUCAUGCUCUGCAUGUUGCGCUACAUGCGCCAUCAGCACCAGCUGUACCAGCUGUAGGCGCAACAUCUGGCCCUGCUGCCUACGCUGCGGCACACACAACGCCUGUUGCCACUCGUGCAGAGGCGUUCAAAAAUAUGUGGCAUUGGAACUUGCCCGAUGCCAGCUUUGGAUCGCUCGUGAUGGAUGUGGCUCACGGCCGCAUCAGCACUGAGCUCCGUAGCCAGGGCGUGAGCUUUGCGCCGCGCCGCGGACGUGCUUCUAUGCCUCCUGUCAAAGUUGCUCUUCCAGCGCCGCGGGACCAUGCGAGCCGCCCAGGCGCAGGCGCGAGUGCAGCCCCAGGGGUGUCAUCAACGAUGGGCGCGGCAGCGGCUCCUGCUUCACCAGGGACGUCGGCAUCGCUCGCUACCACUCUCGCGACAUUGUUCCUUGGUCACCUGGGCGAUGCACAUCCUGUAUCUGAACAGGAUGUGCGCGUCUACUUUGGCGAGCGUGCAGCGAAUAUUAUGCGUGUGCAGUUCUUCCCGUCAGAGCGCGAUCGUCGUGCGAAUGACAAGGACGAGCCACGCAUGCGCAACUUUGUGCAUGUCGUGUUCAAGAGCGAGGAGGCGGCCAAGGAUGCAUUGCAGUGCCAGGGCAACACGAUCAAGAACACGAGCGUUGUGCCGACACUGGAGCGACUUGAGCGCUCACGUCCAAAGACACGCCCUCCGAAGGAUGCCAAGUCGGACGAAGCGUCCUCCAGCCACCGCCCACGUGCAGGACGCCGGGGACGCGGUGGACGUGGUGGACGUGGACGCAACUCGGCCGGGGCCUCUUCCUCGACGACGCCAGCGUCAUCUGCCGCGAAAGAGGCGCCCGCACCAGCACCAGCACCAGCACCAGCACCAGCACCAGCACCAGCACCAGCACCAGCAUCAGCGCCAACACAAGCGGCAUCUUAG